AUGCUUAUCCAGCUUCCGUCAAAUUCGACUUCCUCUAUGCUGCUUCGCCUGGUCAGCCAAAAUGUCCGCUACGCCACGAAGCACCCGACUCCAAAGGAAAAGCCUUGGAAUGUCCGCGGUCCUAGGCUCGUUAACCAGCUAGAUUUCAUCACAGCCGGCCACGAGUCGGCCUUUAUUUGCCUCCAAGAAGUGCUGUACUCGCAGCUAGGGGAAAUUCAGUCCUAUCUUGGCUCGAGCUGGGCACACAUCGGAGUUGGCCGUGAUGACGGUAAGCAAGGUGGCGAGUUCUCCCCGGUGUUCUACCAAGUCGAUCGCUGGGAUUGCGAGCGGAACGAGACAUUGUGGUUAAGUAAGACGCCCAACAAACCAUCCAAAGGAUGGGACGCUGCCCUUAACCGCGUCGUCACAUUAGGCGAAUUUGUCGAUAAGCAAACAGGUACAAGAUUGGUCGUCAUGAGCACCCAUUUCGACCAUCGUGGUGUUGUGGCCCGCGAGGAAAGUGCCAAAUUGCUACUCAAAAUCGCCCGCGAGUGGAGCAAAGGUGCGAACGGAAAACCACCCACGACACUACUCCUCGCCGGAGAUUUUAACAGCACGCCCGAGGAUAGUGCAUAUAAGACGAUGGUCGCGCCAGACUCGGGCAUGGUUGAUGUUUCAGCUCGUGUACCAAGCGAUAAACGGUACGGGAACGAGAUAACAUACACCUCAUUUGAUGAGCCGAAUGAAAAGCCAGGACGGAUCGACUUUGUUUUUAUUAAAGAUCCAAGUCCAGCCACAGUGAGGACAUUUGGUGUAUUAUCAAACAAGUUUGACGAUGGCAUCUACCUGUCUGACCACAGACCUGUGGUUACCGACGUAGAAAUCCCCGUCUUACGGAGGACCAGCUCUUGA